AUCUGGCUUGGUGCCCAGGAGACCUGGUUCUGCUGGGGAGCUGCUUUUACAGGGCAUCCCCACUGGCUCCAUCCCUGCUGCUCAGGGGCUUCCUCGACCUCCAGUGGGUGGGGGCGGAGCUGGGGCGGGCUCCCCCCUGUCCCCUCUACAGGCUGAGCUGCUGCCUCCUCUCUUGGAGCACCUGCUGCUGCCCCCACAGCCUCCCCACCCUGCCCUGAGUUAUGAACCCACCUUGCUACAGCCUUACCUGUUCCACCAGUUUGGCUCCCGUGAUGGCUCCCGAGGCUCAGAGAGCUCCCCAGGGAUGGUCAAUGUUGGCCCCCUGCCCAAAGCUGAAGCUUCUGCCCUCUUCAGCAGAACUGCCUCCAAGGCCAUGUUUGGGGGCCACCCUGACCACUCCUACAGUGACCUUCCAGGGCCCUCACCUGCUCAGCUUUUCCAGGACUCAGGACUGCUCUACCUGGCUCUCCAGGAGGUGUCAGUGCCCAGCAGGGCCAGGGCACCAAGGCUCCCAGAGCAAGGGGGCAGCAGCCAGGCAGAGGAUUCUUCAGAGGGCUAUGAGGAGGAAGGACUAGGGGACCAGGGGGAGAAUCCCCCUUCCCCAGCUGUGCAGUCAGAUGUGACUCUGCAGAGAUUGGCUGCUGUGCUGGCAGGCUAUGGGGUGGAACUGCGUCAGUUGACCCCUGAGCAGCUCUCCACCCUCUCGACCCUGCUGCAGCUGCUGCCCAAGGGCACAGGAAAAAAUCUUGGAGAGGUUGUAAAUGUUGGAGCUGAUAUCAAGAAAACAAUGGAAGAGCAAGUGCAGGACGGAGACAUAGCAGAGCCUCCACCCCCCAUACCCUCCAUGCCUGGACACCCCACUGCCAGCCCCACCUCCAAUAAAGUCCAGCAGGUUCUGAGCCCUGGCUCCUCUGAGCCACCCAAAGCUGCUAUUUCCCCUGGAGUCCCACCUGUCCUGCUGGAGAAGAAAAGUCCACUGGGCCAGAGCCAGCCCACAGUGGUAGGACAGCCAUCAGCCCGGCCAUCAACAGAAGAGUAUGGCUACAUCGUCACUGACCAGAAACCCCUGAGCUUGGCUGCAGGAGUGAAGCUGCUGGAGCUCCUGGCUGAGCAUGUGCACAUGUCCUCGGGCAGCUUUAUCAACAUCAGUGUGGUGGGACCAGCUCUCACCUUCCGAAUCCGGCAGAAUGAACAGAACCUGUCUUUGGCAGAUGUGACUGGACAAGCUGGGCUGGUGAAAUCCGAACUGGAAGCACAGACAGGGCUCCAGAUCUUACAGACAGGAGUGGGACAGAGGGAGGAGGCAGCUGCAGUUCUUCCCCGACCAGUCCACAGCAUCUCUCCCAUGCGCUCAGUGCUGCUUACUCUGGUGGCCCUGGCAGGUGUUGCCGGACUGCUAGUGGCUUUGGCAGUGGCUCUGUGCAUGCGCCAGCAUGCACGGCAGAGGGACAAGGAGCGCCUUACAGCCCUGGGGCCCGAGGGGGCCCAUGGUGACACUACUUUUGAGUACCAGGAUCUGUGUCGCCAGCACAUGGCCACAAAGUCCCUGUUCAACCGGGCAGAGGGUCCACCAGAGCCUUCUCGGGUGAGCAGUGUGUCCUCGCAGUUCAGCGAUGCAGCCCAAGCCAGCCCCAGCUCUCACAGCAGCACACCGUCCUGGUGCGAGGAGCCUGCCCAGGCCAACAUGGACAUCUCCACUGGACACAUGAUUCUGGCAUACAUGGAGGACCACCUGCGGAACCGGGACCGCCUGGCCAAGGAGUGGCAGGCUCUGUGUGCCUACCAAGCAGAGCCAAACACCUGCGCCACUGCGCAGGGUGAGGGCAAUGUCAAGAAGAACCGCCAUCCUGACUUCCUGCCCUAUGACCAUGCUCGCAUCAAGCUGAAGGUGGAGAGCAGCCCUUCUCGGAGUGAUUACAUCAAUGCCAGCCCCAUUAUUGAACAUGAUCCUCGGAUGCCAGCCUACAUAGCCACACAAGGACCACUGUCCCAUACCAUCGCAGACUUCUGGCAGAUGGUGUGGGAGAGUGGCUGCACUGUCAUCGUCAUGCUGACCCCACUGGUGGAGGAUGGCGUCAAGCAGUGUGACCGCUACUGGCCAGAUGAGGGCUCCUCCCUCUACCAUGUAUAUGAGGUGAACCUGGUGUCAGAACACAUCUGGUGCGAGGACUUCCUAGUGCGGAGCUUCUACCUGAAGAACGUGCAAACCCAGGAGACGCGCACGCUCACGCAGUUCCACUUCCUCAGCUGGCCGGCAGAGGGCACUCCGGCCUCCACCCGGCCGCUGCUGGACUUCCGCAGGAAGGUGAACAAAUGCUACCGGGGCCGCUCUUGCCCCAUCAUCGUGCACUGCAGUGAUGGUGCAGGGAGGACCGGCACCUACAUCCUCAUUGACAUGGUACUGAACCGCAUGGCAAAAGGAGUAAAGGAGAUCGACAUCGCUGCCACCCUGGAGCAUGUCCGUGACCAGCGCCCUGGCCUCGUCCGCUCUAAGGACCAGUUUGAAUUUGCCUUGACUGCUGUAGCAGAGGAGGUGAAUGCUAUCCUCAAGGCCCUGCCCCAGUGA